AUGCAACUGCUCCUGCUGCUUUUCGGAUCUCUCUCAGGCAGACUCGCUCACGCCCAAACCGGGGUCACCAAGCCCAUCUCAGAAGCUUGUGGUCCUUCGGUGGUAUGCAUCAAUCACUACGCGAAUGUCCUCCCCUACCAUUUCUUUCGAAAUGUAACCACCAUGGACGCCGUUACGACUUUCGGUGACACUACAGUAGCAAACGGCUCCACACUGCAGGACAUCAAGGCAGCCGACUUCAUCGUAUACAAUAAGGAGAAGGGCCUUGAGAUUCUGGGCUCCACGCCAAGGUACGAAUACGUCUUUGCUGUUUCCGAAGCGGUGCACGAAGCCCCAGUCUACGUAGCGUCACAGAACAAGCUGUACCUGUCGCAACUGGCUCCUCCGCCAGGCUACCUGCCGCAGCUUGUGAUCGAUCUCAACCAGAACCCGCCGACGUUGUCCGAGUUUCUCUCCGAUCCGCCGGUGUAUGCCCCCAAUGGCGGAACGUUCCAUGACGGCAAGAUCAUCUGGGGAGCCUCAGGUGGUAACAGAUCCAUUGGCGGCACCGAACAACGAGUCUCUCUGAGGACGUUAGAUCCAGAGACCAACAAGACAGUCAGUCUGGUCAACAAUUACUUCGGAUACUACUUCAACACCAUCGACGAUCUUGCCGUGCAUCCUAAGACCGGCGAUAUCUGGUUCACCGAUCCACAAUACUCCUGGUUCAAUGAUCUCACCGACACCCCUCCACAGCUCCCUUGCGCUAGUUACCGGUAUAACGCCUCUUCCGGGGCAGUCGUCGUGGUCGACGACUCUAUCGGUCAGCCCAAUGGCAUUGCUUUUACCCCGGAUGGAUCCAUCGUGUAUAUCAGCGACACCGCUGCGGUUAGCGCUCCUGUUGAUCCCAGAUACGGCCAUCCAGGCAGUACAUUCAAUACCACGCAUCGGCGAACCAUUUAUGCCUUUGACGUGAGCGAGGACGGUGCCCAUGCUUACAAUAAACGGGCUAUUUAUCUGGCGCCUGGAUUUGUUCCCGACGGGCUGAAAGUAGCAGCGAAUGGGUACAUCGUGACGGGGUGCGGCCGAGGCGUCGACGUCCUCGACCCUUCUGGGGAGCUGCUCUUGACGAUUCAAACCAAUUACACGGUACAGAACUUCGCCUGGACUGGCCCUGAGCUGAAGACGUUGUGGCUGAUGGGCAAUGGAGGGAUCAGUAAGGUCGAAUGGAACCUGCCAGGCCAGGUAUUGAAAUAGGUGGGCGUGCAUGGCAGGUGCGACAUCGGCCUGCAAUCCAACGUCGCAUUAUGAAGAGGUGGUCUAAAGGGCUACGAUAGAAGACUCCUAGGACAUCACUGCUUUCCAAACAAUAUGACUUUUAGAUGAACUCUUAUCAAAACCCCU